AGAGAAGGGCGUGUAGUGUUUUACCGAGCAGUCGAGCAGAAAAGUCCCGCAGUCGCGCGGAGACCGGAGAGGAAGGCGCACGCGCUCGGAUCACCCAGCGCGAGACAGAGAUAUAGAUCUAUAAAUAUAAAUAUCUCUUUAAACCGGGUUCGGGGCGGGGUUUGGUUAGAGAUCGUGGUGGGUUUGGAUUUUAUGGCCGUGACGCUGUUGGACUCGGAACCGGAGGCGCUCGCGCACAGAGAGGAGUGAAGUGCGUUUGUCGCUCGCGCGGGUUGACGGACGGAUCUCCGCGUGCACGGUUGUCCUUCCUCCAGAUACCCGUCCCCGCCCACUUUCGAACGUGGACUAUGUUUAACGUGAAUCCCUUCCUAAUCAGAUUAUGAAGAUUUCGUACUCCUGCGUCAAUGACAGGUAAAAUGGAAACACCCUUCUACCACGAUGAUACGCCGAACAUUCCAAACUUCGGGCAACUUCCAGACUACGAUCGCUAUCCAAGCCACAAGAUGAUGAGUAAGAAGAAUAUGGCCGUGCACAAUUUCCCCGGCGCGGUAGGAGGCUCGCCAGGUCUGAAGCUGUUGCAGAGCCAGGCCGCCAGCACCGUCAACCCGAGCCUGGGCAUGAACAGCAAUCCGAACAGCGCUCUGAUGUCAUCGAGUGACAUGAACCUCUUGAAGCUGUCUAAUCCCGAGCUGGAGCACUUGAUCAUCCAGUCUAACCAGGGGCUGGUCACGACAAGCCCAGCGCCUAACUCUUCCACCAACGCUUUCAUGUACAGGAGCCAGGCUACGAACGAGCAGGAAGGCUUCGCAGAUGGUUUCGUCAAAGCUUUGGCAGAUCUACACAAACAGAACCAGUUGGUCGGGGCACCCAUAUCUCCAUCCUCGUCCAUUCAGGGGCCGUAUCAAAGGAACCUCAUGUCGGGCGCCGAGAUGCCGAUUUACACCAACUUGAGCAGUUAUAACCCUAACCAGCUCCCUACGUCAUAUCCUGGAGGUCAGAUCCCGUACACCCCAGCUCACGCUACAGCCCACUCCAGCCAGGGGCAAGGUCAUCACCCUCACGGUCGAGGUCUUGAUGCUCCUCAGACCGUUCCAGAGGUUCCUCACCCCCCUGGAGGAGAUCCAACCGGUUCUCCACCUUCCCUUUCACCGAUUGACCUCGAGACCCAGGAGAGAAUCAAGGCCGAGAGGAAAAAGUUGCGGAAUCGCAUCGCGGCCUCCAAGUGCCGCAAAAGGAAGCUGGAGCGCAUUUCACGCCUGGAAGAGAAGGUGAAGGUGCUGAAGACGCAGAACUCGGACCUGGCGUCGACGGCAAGCAUCUUGCGCGAACAGGUCGCGCAGCUCAAACAGAAAGUCAUGAACCACGUGACCAACGGCUGUCAGAUCGCAGUCGGAUCGGCCGGCAUGGCCAAGAGCGGCGAGAGCGCCAGCUGCUGAAGGUGCUGUUUAUUUCCUGAACUCUCAAUUUCCCUUCUGCUACUUCAUGUCGCUGUGAAAGAUGAACAGCGAAUCCUGGAGAAGGGCAGAAAGAGAACAGAAACCUCGUCCCGACCGACAUGGAACCUCACACAAAGAGAGAGAGAGAGAGAGAGAGUGCAAAAAAAAACAGCUACUUGUCAGAGCAGAGCGAGAGAGUGAGUGAUCUCUCAGCUGUGAUCUCUCAUUGUUAAAAGGGAAGAUCGUCGCACUUACAAGCCGUUUUUCAUUGGACUGCACUUUGCACUCGAACUCCGUCGGGUUAAUCAGGACCGAGAGACUGGCUCACAGCCUCACAGCAAUACUAACCAAACGGGACGUGUAGGACGAACGACGACUCGAACGGAAACUACAGACGCACUUCAGCGGGACGACUUCAUCUCUGAGGAUGAGCAGCUUGUGGUUAUUUUUAAAAGUGAUUUUACACUUUUUCACUGGGAUGGGAGUACGGUCUCGUAUUACAGUCGCAGGGUAACUCCUUCUUUUUCCUCCAACAACAUGCACUAUUCUGCAAAUCUGAACUUUUAUACUAUCUUUACAUCUCUCUAUAUAUCUAUAUAUUCAAACAAACCUACAGUGACCCAGCCACACGAGCGAAAUUUCGUUCCUGAUCGAAGGUGUGUGCAUAUUUGAAAACGAAAUCCGCCAUUUAUAUUGAUAUUAAAUAUGUCCAAAGUGUUGUAGUUACCAUAAGUGGAGACUUGUUUGUUGCAGUCCAGUCUGAGUGAUCUACUUCGAAGCCUAUUUGUACGUACACUCGUCCGUCGGUUUGUUUGAUAUCGUGCAAUUUGUGAAUACAGGAUACAGGUACAUUUUUUUUUUUUUUUUUUUUUUUUUUUAAAUCUCCAAGCAACUUUUUUUAAAUAUAUAUAAGUAUUAUUUGUUUAUUAUAUGAUGAACAUGAUAAACAACAACACAACAGUUUUGGUCCUGCGCGUGUGCGUGCACGGGGGGGGCAUUUUUUUUUUUUUUUUAAAUAGCAUCCAUUUUGAGCAACCCAAGAACAUUCCAGAACAGACCUUUUGCACUGGAUUAUUCAGUGGGAUGCGUUUUAACACCUUGUGGCUGCUCUUUUUCAUUUAAACCGCUGAGGCUUCAAAAAAAAAAAGGGACAUGUUUCCAUGAGGGCUUUGAGCCAGAAAAGGGCUUUUGAUCAAUAGUGUUUGUUUUUGUAAAAUUUCUAAAACAAUUUUAUUUAUGCAAAAAAACUUUAUCUAUGAUAUUUAUGUUGUUUGUGUAACAGGACUGUACAGGUUCGAAUACCAGGGUUGUGUUGAAACCUUUUUUGUUUUUGUGCAUUUUUUUUUCCUUUUAUUUUUGGGAACUACAUAGUUGCACAUAAAAUUGAAACAGUAAACAACGUCUAAUAUUUAUCCUUUGUGUACAGUGUAAUAUUUUGACUUUUGGUUUUUUGUUUGUUUGGUUGGUUGGAUUUUUUUUUUUGUGGAAAACAAAAGUAAAACGUUAAGAUUGUUGGUACGAUAUCGAAGAUUCAGUCCAGAACUGGUUUACUUUAUAUUAGCUAAAGGAUGCUGUUUAUAUAAAUAAUGAUAAUAAUAAUAAUAUCGUGGGAAAGGAAUUUUCAGAAUGCUCUUUUUUUUUUUUUAAAUUGUUGUUGAAACUCCGUUUUGUUAAGACUAGGAAUGAACCGAUACUUGUGUAAUUGCGUAAGUGGAAAAAAAAAAGUCAAAAAUUUGCUUCCAAUUCAUCUUAAAACAAACAAACGCUUUCAAAGACGGCGCUCGUCAUGCUAACUCUUGAACUAAACGCAUGAGGGUAUUUUAAAGUACCUGUGAUAAUGUUGUGCAUAAGUAUUGGCACCUGAAAUUGUUUAAACUGAAAAUUGGCACUUUUUUUUUUUUUUCAAAAAUUUUUUCCAGGACACAGCUGUCAUUGUGCUGCCUGUAGAAUCGGGUCUACGAUGACAUUUUCAAGCCUCAUACACGAUAAUAUUGUAUUGUGGACAUUUCAUAAGUAUCGGCACCUGCCUAUUCACCAUAGCUUGCUUUUUCUCCCCCAGGUGAUUAACGCUCAUUCAGAGCGAGAACUCUUAUCACACUGUUGGUGCACUGAAUUUCUGUCCAACUGCCUUUCCUACUAAACAAACACAUUAAAUCUGAUAUAUGUACAGUACAUAUAUAGAUGUCUGUCUAUAUUCUUAUCAGUCCGAAUAAGGGUUUGAUCCGAACUGUUGAUUAACCUUUUCCGAGCGUCAAAAGGGAAAUAUUUAUUUUUUGAAACUUGAAUAUGUUGGUUUUUGUUUUUGUUUUUUGGAUGUCACAAACUUCUAUUUUUGUACAAAGAAAAUGAAUAAUGUUUUAAUGAAGAGUGAGAACAGUAAAUGUGCAUACUGUACUUUGGUUCGUAGAUCUUUUCCUCAUUCCAGAAAUACUUUAUUUAUUGAGCUGGUAUUAAAUGUUUUUACGCUUUGAGCAUUUCUGCCACUUGUGAAGGGAGAUUUCAAGAAGACUCCAAAACAAACAAACAAACCAGUCACGUUUACGAGCACGAAAUCCUGAAGGUUUACGCCAACGAAGGACUUUUUUUCUUUUUUUUUUUUUUUGGUCUGAGGAGGCAACUUUACAAUCCAUGAUGUGCACUUGAGGCCUUUUAGGACUUUACAGCCCGAAUUGUCGAUAUGAAAUGUACCACUUGUGGCAUUUUCUUGUAUCUGAUCUGACAUUUACGGCUUUGUAUCCAGCAUCCUGGAUGAAAUCCGAAGAAAACGAGAGUCACUUCGUUUAUUUUUCACACUAAACCUGUUUGCUGAAGCUGCGAGAUUGUUCAGGAGGUGGACUCAAGAUAUCAGACGUCUGGGAUAAUUGUCCUGAUGGAAGGGUGUGUCCGUGAUGAUGAUGGUGUUCACUAUCAUUUGACGCAUGUAACACCUGCCCCGCCCUCCAGCCAAAGAUACACUUUUUUGUAAGACAGUAUUAGUUUACUCUAACAAAAAAAAAAUUUGAUUUGAAAUUUGUAACAACAAAAGAAAAAUCAUACAUAAUUGUGCAGUGAUGACUGAUUUUUAAAAUAGUGCUCUUGAAAUAAAGGACUUUUUUGAUUGGUUGGUUGUUCUGGGCGGAGCUUUUACCCAUCAGCCUUUGCUCGUUCCUCUGUUGUUCUCUCCCCUUGACAGCCUGAUGGGAUCUGUAGUCUCCGUGAAAUCACAAGACGACGUGACUAAUGGGCGACUUGCCUUGCUUUCGAUUCAUUGUUGUUUGUUGUUGUUGUUGUUGUUAUUAUUUUGUUGGUUUUGUUGUGUUUUUUUUUUUUUUUUUUUUUGGUUCUGAACAUUGUUCCUUGUUUUCAUGUUUUUUAAUCAAUAAAGAUGUAGGUUUCUGAACACGCUUUGCUCGUCUCAGGUUUGAUUUCAGCCAGAGUUUAUGCAGUUGGGUGCAAAAGUUUGUCCACCCUUGUUUGUUUUGUUGUUUUGGUUUAUUUUGUUUUUUAACCAAGAUAUUUGGUGUGUAAAGUUUCAUCAAUGUUUCUUAAUGGGUAUGAGUAACAAAAAUGUUCAGAAAUGUUGUGAAAAUGUGUCCAGGGGGGAAAAAAAGUCACUGUUUUUAUUAUACUCUUUAUUUAUAUAUAGAGAGAUAUCUAUCUCUGUCUACCCCCCCCCCCAAAUUGCAGUUGAUUUUACCUGAUUACACCCUCAGAAAAUAAAGUACCUUAUUAUACCUUUAGAAGUACAA